GAAACACCAUGGAACCCGUUCGGAGAAAAGCGUCAAGCACCCACGCGCAAGGUAAAGGACAAACCACACAAAGAGGCAGGAAAGACAGAAUAUGAAACGUCAAACCACAAAUCACUGAACCGGUCCAGGCCGAUUAAACCCUGCACAAGACGCAGGGCUCGAACACCUUCCUCUGGCAGCAUCAAAUGAGAGAGAGAGGGGGACCAUUCGAACUCAGCGACCUUCCUCCGGGACCAGUGAGUGAGAGGGGGAGACAGAGAGAGGAGAGAGAGAUUGUUGGAACACAGGGACUUUCCCCCGGGAGCAACAGCUCGGACUCGCCCGUGGCUGACUGCCGUUUGGCGACCUGUGCCCACACCGGCACACCGCAGGAAUGUACUGUGGCGCGGCCAGCCGGGUCUGCAGACAGAGGCAGAAGGAACUUGGGGCGGGCAGGCACGAUCAGGCCUUCAAGUACCUCGGGCAGGACUUCCAGACCCUCCGGGAUGAUUGCCUCAGCCGAGGGGUGAUGUUCGAGGAUGUCCACUUCCCUCCCGGCCCCUCCAUCAUUGGGUUCAAGGAGCUGGGGCUAAACUCGCCGAAAACGUCUGGGAUUCGCUGGAAGAGACCUGGGGAGAUCUGUAACAACCCCCAGUUUAUCCUCGACGGAGCGACUCGGACAGAUAUCUGCCAGGGGGCCUUAGGGGACUGCUGGCUGCUGGCUGCCAUUGCCUCGCUCACCCUCAAUGAGACGGUUCUGCACCGAGUUGUUCCGCAUGGCCAGGGGUUCCAGCGUCAAUACUGUGGGAUCUUCCACUUCCAGUUCUGGCAGUUUGGCGAGUGGGUGGAGGUGGUUAUCGACGACCGUCUCCCGGUGAAAGAUGGACAGUUGGUCUUUCUGCACUCCGCUGACCGCAACGAGUUCUGGAGCGCCCUCCUCGAGAAAGCCUACGCCAAGUUGAAUGGAUGUUAUGAGGCGCUGUCGGGCGGCAGUACCUCAGAGGGUUUUGAGGACUUCACAGGAGGGGUGACCGAGAUGUACGACCUUCGCAAGUCACCUGCCGACCUCUUCGGAAUCAUCCGGAAGGCGCUUGACCGUGGUUCAUUACUGGGCUGUUCCAUUGACAUCACCAACACGUUCGAAAUGGAGGCCAUGACCUUCAAGAAGCUGGUCAAAGGUCACGCCUACUCACUGACCGGCGCCAAGGAGGUACUGUGCCGAGGAAGCCUGGUGAAGCUGGUCCGUCUCCGCAAUCCCUGGGGUGAGGUGGAGUGGACGGGACCCUGGAGUGACAGAUCCAAUGAGUGGAAUCACGUCGAUCCGGGCCACCGCAGGGAGAUGCAGGUGAAGCUGGAGGACGGGGAGUUCUGGAUGUCGUUUUCGGACUUCCAGAGGGAGUUCAACCGGCUGGAGAUCUGUAACCUGACGGCAGACGCGCUCAGCUCGGACCGGCAGCAGACCUGGAACACCUCGCUGUACGAGGGGGCGUGGAGACGGGGGAGCACAGCCGGAGGGUGCAGGAACUUCCCAGCCACGUUCUGGAUUAAUCCUCAGUUUAAGAUGGAGUUGAGGGAGGAGGACGACAACUCCGAGCACCAGGAGUCUGGCUGCAGCUUCCUCGUCGCCCUGAUGCAGAAGAACCGCCGGCGGCUCCGCCGGCACGGGCAGGACAUGGAGACGAUCGGCUUCGCCAUUUACGAGGUUCCCCAGGAGUACGCCGGGCGGUCGGCCGUCCACCUGAAGCGCGACUUCUUUCUGACGCACGGCUCGCGCGCCCGCUCGGAGCUCUUCAUCAACCUCCGGGAGGUAAGCAGCCGCUUCAGGCUGCCGCCGGGGGAGUACAUCAUCGUCCCGUCCACCUUCGAACCCAACAAGGAGGGCGAUUUCUGCCUGAGGGUCUUUUCGGAGAAGCAAGCCCAUUCCGAGGAGCUGGACGAUGAGAUCAGUGCCGACCUGCAGGAGGAGGUGGAGGUCCCCGAGCACGAGAUCGACGAGAGGUUCAAGGCCCUCUUCCGGCAGUUGGCCGGGGAGGAUAUGCAGGUCUCAGUGAUGGAACUUCAGACGAUCCUCAAUCGUGUGGUGGGAAAACACCAGGACCUGAAGACGUCGGGUUUCAGUGUGGACGCCUGCCGGUCCAUGGUGAACCUCAUGGAUCGGGAUGGGAACGCGAAACUCGGGCUGACGGAGUUCAACAUCCUGUGGAACAAGAUCCGAAAGUGGCUGGGUAUUUUCCGACAGUUCGACCUGGAUAAAUCUGGCACAAUGAACUCCUACGAGAUGAGGCUGGCCCUGGAAUCGGCAGGUUUCAAGUUGAACAAUGAGUUACACAACCUGCUGAUUACUCGCUUCGCUGAGCCUGACCUCUCCGUUAACUUCGACAACUUCAUCAGCUGUAUCAUCCGGCUGGAGACCAUGUACCGUACCUUUGUGAAUUUGGACACAGAUCGCGACGGAAUUGUGACUUUCAACGUGUACCAGUGGCUGAAGUUGACCAUGUUUGCCUGAGCGGUUUCUAGCGAGACCUCUGUCCCACCUCGCCACACCUCCGCUGCCCCUGGCUUCCCGCCUCGCAGUGCCUUUGCAGAAGGAACGACGCCCCCCACCCUCGCCACCCCCGCCUGCACCGUUCAGAGUGAAGCAAGGCUCCGCACCCCGAAGUGCCUCGUCGUGUCCGCAGGAAGCCAGCCACGUUACCAUUACGUAUGCAGACUUUUCUCUUUUUUUAAAAAAAAAUUCUGCCAGUCUUUUUAUGAAGAAAUAAACGCCUAAUCGGCCUGAAGGAGCUUUGUGCGUCCAGGACGUGCUGUGGCAGA